CUGGUGUCUCACGGCCCGUGCAGCUUCAACAGCAUACGAUAGAGGCAAGGCGCUGCCUUGUUCGCGGUCGAUUCGUGUGCAGUCGCCGAAAAACAGCCUCCGCCGCAUCCAUGGCUGCUGCUGCUGCCACGCGCGCAGCAGCCACAGUCGACGCGGCUCUCGAGGAGCUCAUCACGACCUUCAACGAACUCAACAGCUCCACCGUUGAAGAGCUCGAGUCGGAGCCCAGCCCUCUCGAGUUCAUGCGCUUUGUCUCACGCAACGCGCCGUUUGUGAUUCGGGGCGGCGCAGACUCGUGGAAGGCCUGUCGCAAAUGGGACGCCGCCUACCUCAAGGCUGCGCUCGCUGACGAGUUCGUCAAUGUUGCCGUUACACCCCAUGGAAACGCAGACUCGCCUACCUUCUCACCUGCGCACCAGUGUCUCGUCCUUGCCAAGCCUCAUGAGGAGAGCCAGCCGUUUGAUGAGUUCCUCGACUACGUGAUUCGUCAGGAGACGGACCUGGCGUUCCCCCGCGAUGCAGAGACUAGAUAUGCCCAGACCCAAAACGACAACCUCCGGGACGAGUACUUGACCCUGUUCCCAGAUGCCCAAAAGGACAUACCGUUCGCGCGCAUAGCCCUCCAAAAGGCCCCAGACGCCAUCAACCUCUGGAUAGGGAACUCCAAAUCUGUGACCGCCGCGCACAAGGACAAUUUCGAGAACAUCUUUGUCCAGGUCCGCGGCAGGAAGCACUUUGUUCUUCUCCCGCCACUAUGUCAGCCUUGCAUGAAUGAGAAGCUCCUCCCGCCCGCGACGUAUAUACGACGUCCUCAGCGCGACGGCUUCUCCCUAGAAAUCGACCAUGACCAGGAGCCGGUCCCGUUUGUCACAUGGGACCCUGACAACGUUGACCCCAACGCGACUUCUCUUGCUCGGCUUGCCAAUCCCAUGCACGUCACCUUGGAACCCGGGGAUAUGCUAUACUUGCCUGCCAUGUGGUAUCACAAGGUUUCUCAGUCCUGCAUACCGGGCGAUCAAGGUUUCGUUGUUGCUAUCAAUUACUGGUACGACAUGGAGUUCAGUGGGACGCUAUUUCCAUUGGCGUCGUUGCUGCGGAACCUUGGGCGAGCGGACGACAGGUAACCUGCAUCCCGCCAAGUACAAUUACGCUACGAUGGUGAUGACUACCAUACAGCUCAUCACAUAUCUGAUCUAUCCCAAAGUAUUCGUAGCUAUAAUGCGAAUGGAUCUUCAGCCUUUGCAU